AUGUUAAAGCAAGAAGCUGCCCUUCCACCGAAACAAGCGGCAGCAUUCCAAAAGUACUUCGAUCUACAGUAUAAUCUCGUUCAUAUUAGCGAAAAUAACUAUGAAGAACUCAAAAAAUACAUAAUUGAACAUUUCACUAAACUACCAGAGCUAGUAGAAACAGUAGCCAUAGAAAUAGUAUAUGCUGCUUCAACUCGUUUUAUGAAUGGAGAGCUAUACGGACGCUUAGUUGCAUACAUUUCAAAUCAACUACGUGUUAAACCAAUAUUAUCUUUCUUCAAACCAAAGUUUUGGAGUGAAUUCCGAACAUACUCACUAAAUUAUCCAAAUUUCAAGUUCAUUAAGCAGUGUUAUUUAGCACACGCAUUUUCAAUCGAUGAAAUUAUAGAACAGAUCGAAACAUGGCCAACAGAAAGCGAAACAAACUCGAUAUUUGACUUCUUUGUAUACUUUGCACCUCUAAUUAACCAAUUUAACAUCACAAAAUAUUUCCAAUUACUCACGAAGAUAGAGAAUCUCCGCAAAUUUACUAGGUAUCAAAGGAUAUUCUUUGGCGAAUGGGAUGAGAUCAGAGAAAACAAAUGGGAACGCUUAGAAUAUCUAUUUAAAUUUGGUGCAGACAAAGGAACAUUAAAAUACGAUCUAAUGUAUGAUGAUAUCGAUCAUUUACGAACAUUAUGUGCUGAUAAAGCAUUUAACGUUAAUCAAACUAUUCCUCCUGACUGUUUAGAAUUUUCUUUAUUGAAAGGUGAACCAACACUUGUACAAUACGCCGCAUUUUAUGGAUCAGUACGCUGCUUCAGACAUCUUAUGCAUAAAGGUGCUGAUUCUCGUGCUGUUGAUAAAAACGAAUUAAAUCUUUUAGAUUUUGCUUUAAUAGGCGGCAGCAGAAAGAUCAUUGAUUCUGUUCUAAAGCACGCAAGAGCACUGAAACCAUCACUCCAUGCUCUCAUUAAAUAUCAUUUAGAUGAAGAAUUUAAUAUUUUCUAUCAAUCUUCAAAGUUUACGGAGAAUAACUUGAAUGCAGCGUUACAUAUUUGCAUACAGAUGAAUAACCUUAGCAUAUUUAACGCUCUUCUCUCUUAUGGAGUCAGUAUUAACAUAACAUUGAGUGGAGGCUACACAACAUUGAUGGAAUCAGUGAUGGAUAAUCGCUUGGACAUCAUGAGAUUGCUUCUCACAUUCAAGGAAGUUGAUAUUUCAAAGCUGAAUGAAGCUGGAAAGAAUGCUUUGCAUAUUGCAUGCGAAUUAAAGAAUGUUGAAGCGGCAAAAUUGAUUUAUGAACGUGCAGGAGCGGAAAUAUUCACUGUUCCUACUUCAAUUUCCAAAGAUCUUCCAAUUCAUAUUUCAUGCGAGGCUGGAGAUAUUAAGAUGGUCAGAUUACUAGCAAAAGUAGCUCCAGAAACAUUUAAUACACCAAACUUUAAUGGUUUAACUCCAUUAAUGAUCGCUUCUAAAUCAGAUUUUAUUGAUAUCGUUAGAGCCUUCCUUGCAAUGGAUAAUAUUGAUGUUCUUUUACAAGACAAAGAAGGAUUGACUGCAUUGCAUAUCGCAGUUGAUGCUGGAAAUAUGGAUAUUGUCCAAGAAAUUAGUUGGGCGAACAGACAAGUUGUUUCUGUACAAGAUAAAUACGGAUUAACACCUCUCCACCUUGCCACAGAACUUGGUGACGUUGAAAUGGUUGAAUUCUUCUUGAAUUUGGAUUAUAUUGAUGCAACAAUUAGAGAUAAAGAUGGAAAACUUGCAUCCGAGCUCUCAGAUGAUAAGGAAAUACAGGAGUUAUUUGCACAAUAUCAGAAAAGACAAGAAGAGAAAAUAUAA